AGGCACUAGUGCCCUUGCUCACAGUCGCCGGCUCUUCUACAAUUCUUUUGGUUUUCCCUUUCGCAGAGAACCGGGUUUUUCGCUCACAGUCACCGUCCCUCGGGCCCUCAGUCGAGCGAAUACACAGCCAAGCAAUUAGCUCUCGAUUUCCCAACGCGACAGAAACCUGCUCCCUCCGUCUUGCAUCAAGUGUGUGUUGUGAGCUCGAUAUUGAUGCUCCAGCCCACCGCAGCAGCUCCGGCUGUGAGGCCGCUCGCUCGGUCCAUGCUCGUCCCCAGAUCCAGUCCGCUCUCACCUGGAGCCAUCGCUGGGGCUGUGAUCGGGUCAGUCGUCGGCGCCCUCCUCAUCGCCUUCUGCGUCUUCCCUUUCAUCGUCCGCGCCAGGCGUCGACGGCUCGCCCGCCAUGACGAUCCCGGCCUGGCCGAGAUGGGGCAGGGCCCCGGAGGCCCCAUCUUCCCGCCCCAAGAGGACUUAGACGAAGCGUUGUACAAAAGAUCCUCGGGGUCCGGCCCCGAGACUGCCACUACCCACGACGUUCCGCAGACGACAAACUGUGAUCCAGAGCCCCAGUCCGCCCUACCGGAAGGCGUUACUGUCCAGCACGGCCUGCCGUCACCCGUCUCGUCCCCUGCGUCGCCGAUUGAUACGACUGCUCACGGCCACGGUCCGUCAGCUUCGCCGCAGACAGCUGCUGCUCCCGCCCGGUCAUCCGCCGAGGCCCCAUCAACCUCGUUGCAAGGAUCCAAGGGCACUGUCGGCCGCGAAAACACGCGCGAGCUCAGUUUUAGUGACUCGUAUGAGCCACCAAGCCGUGAGCUCACCAACAUCACAUCGGCUGGCAUAACGGAAGAGCCAGAAUCCUUCGAUCGUCCCUCGGCCUCCCCCGAACACGGCAACUUCCCUCAUCUCAGAGGGUCUCUGCGCAGCUUACUUCACGGUCGCCGCUCUUCCCAGCACCGUCGAGAUAGCCGACGCUCUACCCUAGGCGGCAGUGACGGGGCGCGUUCGCCGUCCGUCACCACCAACGAGCCUCUUUCACAAGCCCAACCCCCACCGUCUGGCCUCGAGAUUGAUACAGAAACCCUUGGCUUGGCUUGGGAUUACUAUCACGACCCUAACCUGGGCCUUGAACUCUCUGAAACGUAUCCGCAAUCCACGCAAACCCAUACCUCUGCGACCACCGCGCCGGCCACAUAUGCUCCAACUUCAACCGGCCAAGUUCCCGUGACUGGAUUUGGAUACGCCCCGACGACGAGAGCUGUCACGCAGGAACCGGACGUCAUCUCGCCCGACAGUGACACGACACUCACGCCCGGCACUUUCAGCAGAAAAAAUACCUUCCUCCAGGACAAAAGGUUCUCCGGACCGCUCCAGCGCACCGACAGCCUGCCCCCUCCAACCAUCGUGGCAGACAUUCCCAGCCCCCCUCUGCUCCAAUAUAACAUUGGCCCGAGUGGUAAUCCCAUGGAGAUGAUGAAGCCGACGAACCCAGCCGAAAACGCAUGGAUGUUAGAGCACGAGAUGCGCAUGAUUCAGAACUUCCCACCGCUACCUGCGCCCGAACCCUCCCUGCCUUCGUCAAUGAUUGUGGACGCAGUGUCGCGCCCUGCGCCGGACAACCAACCGAAGCCGCAGUUCGCUGCUCAGUACCAACCCUCGUACCAGUCUCCAUAUCAGUCGCCUCCCAUGGCCCCGUCGGACAUUGGCAUGCAUCUUCAUGAGGAGCCGAUGGAAUACUAUAAUUUUAACGUCCUGACGACCCCAGACUACAAUACGCCGCCGCCCUCCACAGGGCCGUCGACCCAGAACACCCCUGACACUCGAUUGACGCCUUACACUGCGUCUCCGUCCCCGCCAGCAGAGGCCGAGGCGAGUAUCAAUGGCCACUUGACGGCUUCCCCUGGUUUGUCAGCAGGUCCCUCGCCGUCAGUGGGCCUCUCGCCGUCACCAGGCUUGUCAUCAGCUCCAUCACCCGGCCGUUCCCCUGGCCCCUCGCAAGGCCGGUCGCCUGGUCGAUCUCCGGCGCGGCCGCCAGGCGGGUUCGUCUGUGAGGUAUGCGGCGCCGUCAAGAGCUCAUACCACCAAUUCAACCACCACCGACGGUACCACGAACGGCCUUGGCCGUGCAAGCAGUGUGAUCGGAGCUUUGGCACAAUAACACACCUAAAGCGCCACGUCAACGACAAGCACCACAAGACGCGCAAGUUCUAUUGCACUCAGCCGGGGUGCGACUAUUCGAGGCAAGGCACCAAAUCCUUCCCCAGGAAGGACAACUGGAAGCGGCACAUGUUGAAGAAGCACUCCAUCGACCCCCAGAACAUGACCGACGAGGAUGAUUUGGGGGAUUUUGCGAUGGACGAAGGUGACCUGCCCUAGCGCCGAAUGUUAGGGCUAGCUAGCAAUGCUGCGGCUCAUAUUGGCUCCGUCGACGGUGCUGAGCGAGCAGCAUGAGCACCCCAGGCCAUUCGGAU